AUGCCUGCUGCAAGCACGGUCCGCUCCUCCCUCCUCAAGGCCACCAUCUUCUACUCUUUCUUGACGCUCUUCGCCACCACUUGUUCAUUAGUUAGUGCCACACUCGCUGAUGAACCCAAUAAAGACUUGGAGGCCCUCCUCUGCCUCAAGCGCCACCUCUCCAACAAUCCCAAAACACUGGCCUCCUGGAACCAUACCCUCCAGUUUUGCAGCUGGCCCGGCGUCACCUGCGGCAAGAAGCACGCAUCUCGCGUCACGGCACUUAACCUUGAAUCGCUAGGCCUGAACGGACAAAUACCACCCUGCAUAGGUAAUCUCACUUUCCUUACAACAAUCAACCUCCACGAUAAUCUGCUGAGCGGUGGGAUCCCAUCUGAGGUAGGCCAUCUUCGUCGCCUUGUCGAACUAACCCUUCCGUUCAACAAUCUUACUGGUCAAAUACCCAACUCUUUGUCUGGCUGUUCAAGUCUUCAGAUUAUUGAUCUUGAGAGCAACUCCCUCCACGGGGAAAUCCCCCCAGGUUUGUCCAACUGUUUAAAUGUCACAGAUAUCUACCUCAAUAACAACAAGCUUUAUGGAAGCAUUCCAGACGGGUUCGGCAUGCUUCCUAAGCUUUCAUUUCUGUUUCUUCAAAUCAACAACUUGACGGGCACUAUCCCGUAUUCACUUGGAAGCAGCAUAUCUAUCACCUAUGUCAUCCUGUCAAACAACAGUCUAACUGGAGGAAUCCCACCUCCUCUAGCAAAUAGCUCAUCGCUUCAAGCGCUAGACUUGGAAAGAAAUGACAUCACCGGAGAGAUACCUCCAGCUCUCUUUAACAGCCCCACUCUUAUUAUCCUAAAUCUUGCACGAAAUCAUUUCUGGGGGUCUAUUCCACCUUUCUCGCACUUCUCACCACUGGAGACUCUCUACCUAUCCUAUAACAAUCUCUCAGGCAGCAUACCUUCCUCCGUAGGAAACUCUUCUUCCCUUCAGUCACUUUUGCUUGCAGCGAAUCACAUCCAAGAAAGCAUUCCAUUGAGCUUAAGUAGAAUUCCGAAAUUAGAAGUACUCGACCUGACCGACAACAACUUAUCCGGUCCCGUUCCCGUCUCUCUCUACAAUAUAUCUACCCUCAGGUACCUUGGAAUGGGAACCAACAGCCUAGUAGGGGACAUUCCAGCAAAUUUUGGCUAUACCCUACCAAACAUCCAGACAUUCAUUGUCCAGGGAAACAAAUUCCAAGGUGGUAUUCCCACAUCAAUGGCCAACGCCACAAAUCUUGAGCUGAUUCUUCUCCGUGAUAAUGCAUUCCGUGGCAUUAUUCCUUCUUUUGGAUAUUUGCCCAACUUAACCACACUAGAUAUAGGCAAGAACCAGCUUGAAGCUGGAGACUGGACUUUCCUCUCCUCGCUCGCUAAUUGCACAAAGCUAGUGAACUUACAAGUAGAUGCAAAUAACCUGCAGGGAAUCCUGCCAAAUUCCAUUGGCCGUCUUCCAAAAAGCUUACAACAUUUGACGUUGAGAGAAAACAAAAUAUCUGGCACCAUACCGCACGAGAUAGCGAACCUCGUAAACCUCAGAGAUAUUCGCAUGGAGCAAAAUCUGCUUACUGGAAACCUUCCUGAGUCAAUUGGAAAUCUUUCAAAGUUGAUUGUUUUAAGCUUAUCCAGAAACAAACUUUCUGGGAUAGUUCCACUUUCCAUUGGUAACCUCCGUCAGUUAAAUGAGCUCUACUUGCAAGAAAAUCAUUUUAGUGGUCCCAUCCCUCGAACUUUAGCACACUGCCAAAACUUAGACAUUCUAAACCUCUCAUGUAAUUCCUUUGAAAGUACAAUACCAACGGAACUGUUUACUCUGUCGACACUCUCUGAAAUUCUUGACCUCUCUUACAACAAACUCUCUGGACCAAUACCAACGGAAAUUGGUGGGUUAAUCAACCUUUCCCCCCUCAAUCUUUCCAACAACCAGUUGACUGGAGAAAUUCCUUCAACACUGGGUGAGUGCCUCCAUUUGGAGUCCCUCCACCUGGAAGGAAACCUACUUGAUGGGCGGAUCCCUCAAUCUUUCACCGAAUUGAGAGGCAUAAGUGACAUGGAUCUUUCUCGAAACAACUUAUCUGGUCAGAUUCCAGAUUUCUUCGAGGCCUUCAGCUCCAUGUCACUUCUCAAUUUGUCAUUCAACAACCUGGAGGGACCUGUACCAACUGGUGGGGUCUUCCAAAAUGCAAGCAAGGUGUUCGUCCAAGGGAACAAAGAGUUGUGUGCCGUUUUGUCACCACUGAAACUGCCACGUUGCCGCACAGCUGCAUCUGAACACAAGCGCACCUCCAACAUACUGAAGAUAGUGGGAUUUUCUUCUCUUUCUUUGGUCCUAUUAUCAUGUAUUGGAUUCAUUUUUCUGAAGAAGAGAAACAAGGUCAAACAAGAAACACUUCCAUCCAUCAAGGAGUUCAAGAAGAUAGGAUAUGCUGAUAUAGUGAAAGCAACAAAUGGUUUCUCUUUAGCCAACUUGGUUGGCUCAGGAAACUACGGGUCCGUGUACAAAGGUAGAAUUGAGUCUGAAGAACAUGCAGUUGCUAUCAAAGUUUUCAAACUUGAUCAACUUGGAGCAACAAAGAGCUUCCUUGCUGAGUGUGAGGCCUUGAGGAACACUCGUCAUCGUAAUCUUGUAAGGGUGAUCACUGUGUGCUCAACAAUUGAUCGUGCAGGACGUGAGUUCAAAGCUCUAGUGCUUGAAUAUAUGGUCAAUGACAACCUGAAAAGUUGGCUCCAUCCAGCACCCCACGAGCAUCCUCUGAGAAGGUCAUUGAGCUUAGGUUCAAGAAUAGUAAUAGCAGUAGACAUAGCAGCUGCUUUGGAUUACCUCCAUAACAACUGCAUGCCUCCUAUGGUCCACUGUGAUCUGAAGCCUAGCAAUGUCCUUCUUGAUGAUGCCAUGGGUGCAUGUGUUGGCGACUUUGGGUUGGCUAAGUUCCUGCACACUUACACUUCUUUGGAGACUCAUAAUUCGACAAGCAUAGUGGGGCCAAGAGGAUCAGUUGGAUACAUUGCACCAGAAUAUGCCUUUGGGAGUAAAAUAUCCACCGAGGCCGACGUUUACAGCUAUGGAAUAAUCAUCUUAGAAAUGCUCACUGGGAAGUGCCCAACUGAUGACAUGUUUAAUGAUGGCCUUAGCCUUUACAAAUUUGUCGAUGAAUCAUUUCCUCAAAACAUUGGCAACAUUCUAGACCGUAGAAUCGUUCCCAGAUAUGGAGAUGACGAAGCACGAAGUACAUUAGACCAAGAAAAUCAUCAAAUGGCUGGAACUAUUAGCUGCAUCACUGAGCUCGCUAAGCUUGGCCUCUUAUGCGCUGCCGAGACACCUAAAGACCGUCCAGCAAUGCAAGAUGUUUACAUUAUAGUCACUGCAAUCAAAGAAGCAUUUUUAGCACUGCAGGGCUGA